ACUGCGACUAAACUGUUAUCAAUUUUAUUCCUUUGCAAAUUUGUUGAGUUUUGUGUGAUUUGACGAAUUUUGCGGAAAAGUUAGUUUAUUUCUAAUAUAAAUUAUGAAUUCGAGUUAAUUUUAAACUACCCAUAAGAUAAUUGACAUGCUGAAGCUUGGUCAAGAUUCAUUGUGAAAAUUCUAGUCAUCUUUGAUCACUGAACACUCGAUACGAUGGCGGAGUUACUCCUAGACCCGCAUAUCCGUUUCUGGGUCUUUUUACCAAUCGUCGUGAUUACAUUUCUAGUCGGAGUUGUCAGGCAUUACGUGUCGUUGCUGAUAGUCACCCAAAAGAAAUCCGAAUUAUCUCAAGUACAAGAUAAUCAGGUACUAAUACGAGCCCGAAUGCUGCGAGAGAACGGCAAGUAUUUAUCUAAACAAGGAUUCUACAUGAGGAAGCAUUUCUUCAACCACGAAGAAACCGGAUACUUCAAAUCGCAACGUAAAAACGCUCAGCCUCCGAAUCCGAUGACAGAUCCUACUCUCAUGACAGAAAUGCUGAAAGGUAACAUAACCAACGUACUGCCGAUGAUAGUAAUCGGUGGCUGGAUUAAUUGGAUGUUUUCCGGAUUCGUUACCACCAAAGUACCAUUCCCGUUGACUUUACGAUUCAAACCGAUGUUACAAAGAGGCAUAGAAUUGAUAUCGUUGGAUGCGUCGUGGGUUUCAUCGGCUUCGUGGUAUUUCUUGAACGUUUUCGGGUUAAGAAAUGUUUAUUCUUUGGUGCUAGGCGAGAAUAAUGCUGCUGCUGAGCAAGAUUUUGCUCCUGGAAUGAUGCAGAUUGGAGGUAUGGGACCGACUCCGCCGAUCGAUCCGAAAAUGGCGUUUAAAGCCGAAUGGGAAGCGUUGGAGAUUUGUCAUCAUGAUUGGGCUUUGGCUAACGUCGAAUUCGAUGUUUUGGGUAAUCAGGUUAUUGAAAGCUCGAUUCAAAAUUGAGUGAUUUUGUGAUGAUCUUUGCUAUGUGUAGUGUUGUAAAUGCAGCGUGGGUCAUGGUCUGGCUUUCACUAAGAAGCGUUCUGUAUUUUUGUUUUGUUUUGAGAUAUUGUUUACGUUGUAUAUUUUUACUUUUGUAACUCGCCUAGAGAGUUUUGUAUAUAGCAUAAAAUUACUUCGAAUCGUC